GUCACUGACAGGAAAUACAUAGUGUUCCGAAGGUUCUGUAUAUUCCGAGCCCAGCAUGAUCAAUUCUGCGGUGAUGAAGUCUCUUCGGGAGGAUUUCAAUUACUACUAUAAACACUUCUUCUUUCUACAUUUUGCUCUAAUCUUUGGCACGCCACUUGUGCUUUGGCACGGAUUCAGGAACGUGGAGCUUCAGCCCAAAACUGUCGUCUUAUCAUUGGUCCUAUUCCCAAUAUACGGUAUAGCGAUUGCAGCUGGUUACCACCGGCUGUGGUCGCAUAGAUCCUACCGGGCCUGUCUAGCCCUCCGAUAUUUCCUAGCCAGCGCUGGUGCUGGGCAAUUCCAAUGGUCCAUACUCUGGUGGGCUAGACAUCACCGCGCGCAUCAUCGCUACCUGGAUUCCGAAAAGGACCCAUACAACGCUCGCAGGGGAUUACUUUAUUCCCACAUUGGCUGGUUAAUCGGGUACAACCCGGAUGCGUGGGGCAAGGCCGAUGUGUCGGACCUGGAGAAAGACCCCGUAGUGGUCUGGCAGCAACGCUACUAUGUCCUCAUCGCGGUGAUUGCGGGUCUUCUGGUGCCGGCUACGAUCGCCCAUGUUGGCUGGAACGACUGGUGGGGAGGAUUCUUCUACGCCGGAGGCUUUCGGCUAUAUAUCUACCUACACUUCACUUUCCUACUCAAUUCCCUGGCCCACUACGCCGGCGAUCAACCUUACUCGACCGAACACACCCCCAGGGACAAUCUUCUGUUGGCACUGGUCACGUCUGGGGAGGGCUACCACAACUUUCACCAUACGUUUCCGGCAGACUAUCGAAGCGGUGUCCAUUGGUAUGCGUUUGAUCCGAGCAAGUGGUUCAUCUGGUCGUGCACGGAACUCGGACUUGCUUCCAGUCCAUUCCGGACACCAGAACGGGAUAUAAAGUUCGCAGUGGAGAAGAAUCAUAUGGGGAAAACGAAAGCCAACCAUCAGGUCUUGUAAUAGCCACAGCAGGUUGAGGUUAUGAGAGGCUGUCAUGGGGCGGAGGAAGAGGUAUGGAAACGUAUCUAUCUUCCCCACUCAAGCUGCUGCCCUAUAUGGUGACCCUAAGUGGGCCUAAUAUAGUAGGAAGGCUACGUAUUCCUAUA